AUGGACGCAUCCGCCAUCAUUGCAGAACAAAUCCCACUGCUCCAGGGUCUACAUUCCCAGCUGGCCUUACCACCAUCUGCACUCGCCGAAGACCAGUCACGCAUAGACGCCGCCGUCAAGAAUGCCAUCCUGAGCGUCGUCCGUUCCCGCGAGGACGAGGUGGCUCAGUGGGAAGAGAAGAUUGCCGAACGCAAGCGCGAGCUGUCACUCAUAUCGCGUGCCACAGGUGACCAUGGGCGAACAGUCAUCGCGAACGGCCGGAGGGAGAGCGAACAUGGCGAGCCACUGCCGGCACAGCACGAGCGUCUCAUGCGCCAGAUCGAGGAGCUUCAAAAGUCAUACACUGAGCGCUUGGAAAAGGUUGAGCACCUCAUGCUCGAGCUUGAAAGCCUCUCGUUCCUGCUCGGUUUACCGUUCGCCGCUCCCAUGUCUCUCCAACCUGUCGCCGGCAGCUCGUCCUCGGCCACCGCCGCACCACUGGUAGCCGGGCGUCCCAGCAUUGCACCUCCUCAGCAUGCCCAGCUCGUUCCACCAGCACAGACUGCACCGACCACGCACCGCAAGGCACGUCAGUCCAGCCGACCCCCUGUCGCCUCUGAGCCGCGGCCGGCCGAGACAACCUACUAUGAUGUCGGCGAGGAGGUGAUGGAGCGUCUGCAGCAAGAGGUGGACCGCGCAUUGCAGGAGAGGGAAACACGAUUGCGCACACUCGAGACCCACUUCAACGAUUUGCUCUGGUACCACGCCGAGCUCAACCUGCCAUCACCAGUACAUGGAUCCAUGUUCCCCUUGGCACUCUUAGCGCCUCAAUCCGACGAGGAACAACCAGGUUUCCAUGCGCGCUACGAGCAACUUCUCGAUCACGUCCUUGCCACCAAUCCGCGACAGACAGGCGAGGACGGCGAGGACGGUAUCGAGCUUCAGGGCAUGGACGACAUUGAGCCCGAGAUCGGACUGAUGAACUGGUCGGAAGUGGUCUUGGCAUUGUGGAUAGAUGAAAAGGAGUACCGCGACUGCCGCAUCCAAGAUCUGUACGAGAAGAUCAACCCCCUCUGGAGCCGUCUCCAGAUCCCCCAGGAGCAGAUCAAUGGCUUUAUUGAGAGCAACCUCGGCAGUGGCGAGUCGACUAUCGUUGCCUACGAGGAAGAACUCGAACGGAUGCUCGAGAUGCGCCGCACGUCGCUCUCCUCCUUUGUGGUCAACACGCGCAAGGAAAUCGAGACUCUGCAAGACUCGCUCAUGAUGUGUGACGAGGAGAAGGCCGCCUUUGGGGGCUUUAUCGAUGACGACUACACCGAGGAGCUGCUCCAGGAACACGAGGAUGAGGCGGCACGUCUCCGUUCCGAGGUGGAGAUCAAGGGCACUCUGCUCAAGCGGGUCAAGGAGUGGAUCCAACUGCGGUCAGAGGAAGCAGAGCUGGAGCAUGCUGCCAACGACCCCAACCGCUUCAAGAAGCGGGGUACAGCCAUGCUUCGCGAGGAGAAGUUGCGCAAGAGGGUGGAGAAGCUCAAGCCAAAGAUCGAGAUGGAGCUCCUGACCUCUGUUCCCAUCUGGGAGGAAGAACAUGGACUUCCCUUCAAUGCCCUGGGUGAACGCGUGGUUGAGACCAUUGAGAAUGCUCUUGCCGCAAAGGAAGCGGCCAAGGAGGCCAAGAAGCGCGCCAAGAUGGGUCUCGCUCCCGGUACGGCCAGAGGUACAACUCCAGGUCCCGGUGCCCGUUCCCAGCCCGGUACAGUGGCACGCAAGCGCGUAGCACCCACCCCCGGUACGGCUCGCCCGGGAACCAUGACCAAACGUCCGCGCGUGGUGAGCAGCUCGACUGCCUCGACGUUGGGGUCCAGCACCACCUCGUCCAUGCGAUACCCGCACGGCCCCAGCGCCACGCCCACUGCCCACGCAGCAGCAAGGACACAGGGCCGAGCAUUCGGCAAGCCUGCCGUCGGCGCCCGGGCGAAUGGGACAGGAAGGGCUCCGCCGCCAGUAUACAUGAGUGGCAGCGCGGCAAAGCAGCCGCAGCAACAGCAACAGGCAAAAAGUGCGGCAAGCGCGGCGUUGGGCAAGGGCGACAGGCCACGGCGGCAGUCGUUCCGCCCCCGACCGAGUCUUGCCGGCGCGCUGUUGGCUGGUGCAGCGGCGGGGAUGAUGGGCGGCUUGGCAGAGGACGACGACGAGGACGUGUUUUGA